AUGCUGGAAAAAUUGAAUGACAGAUUCCCAAAGAAACUUAUACAAACCUAUUCUGUGUUUCCAAAUCUUGAUGAAAUCUCUGAUGUGGUUGUGCAACCAUAUAACUCUCUUUUGACUUUAAAGAGGCUCACACAGAAUGCAGAUUGUGUGGUUGUCCUGGAUAACACAGCUUUGCAUCGAAUCGCUUGUGACCGUCUUCAUAUUGAAAAUCCAACAUUUGCACAGAUCAACUCGUUGGUCUCUACAGUGAUGUCCACAAGUACUGCUACUUUGCGUUAUCCUGGAUACAUGAACAAUGAUUUGGUGGGGUUGAUUGCCUCCCUGAUUCCAACACCACGUCUUCAUUUCUUGAUGACUGGAUACACUCCUCUAACAACAGAUUCACAAGUUGCUAGUGUGAGGAAGACAACAGUCUUUGAUGUUAUGAGGCGACUGUUGCAGCCAAAGAAUAUGAUGGUGUCUACUCCCAUCCACCGUCAAGACAAGCAUUGCUACAUUUCUAUAUUAAAUAUUAUUCAAGGUGAAGUCGACCCAACACAGGUGCACAAAAGUUUACAGCGAAUUCGAGAGCGUAAGCUUGCCCAGUUUAUUUCAUGGGGUCCUGCCAGCAUCCAGGUAGCAUUGUCACGAAAAUCUCCUUACAUCCCAACUGCCCAUCGCGUCAGUGGACUAAUGUUGGCUAAUCACACCAGCAUCUCUUCGGUUAGUUUACUUUCUUACUAA